AGAAAGAGAGAAAGAAGAAGAAGGGAGGACCGUGAGCGCCAGGAUUUUAGUACCACUAACUCCUGACUCCCAACAUCUCCGCGUUUGUCAGCCAGCGCGGUAUGACGAGAGAGGGAGAGGGGGAGAGAGGGACUAUUUACUGCCUAGUUUGCGGCUGCCCCGGGGGUGCAGGCAAAAGGAAACAUGCUGCCUGUGAUCAUCGAUCAGCCCGCAUACGGUUUCAGUCACGUGAGAGCCCGCCGGCCUAUGAGAGCAAAGGGAUUCAAAGACUAUCACUACUUUAUCUAUCGUUUUGGGCCUGCCUGUGCGCCAGUAAACACUUGGAGGUGUGCUAAUGGUGUGACAGGGCGGCAAGCCCAGGGUUGUGGUUGGCGGGAUACCGGUCUGCAUCAACAGGGAAGGACGAGCGACACACA